UCACCUUUCCUUCACGUUUUCUCCCUCUUCCUUCAGAAAUGAAAAAUCAUUCUUUUUUAUGACUCUUCCAGAUCAAAAACAUCUUAUAGUAAGACCCAAUCUUCCUCUGUCAAUCUCUACCAACGAUCAUGGAGUUGUUCAUCAUCAUAGCCACUUUCCUGCUACUGCCAUUUCUGUUGUUCUUCAUCGCUUUCUGCUUUCUUCUCCUUCGUAUCUUCACCAACAAAUCCAUCAAAAACCCUAACUACCCACCUGUCAUGGGAACUGUAUUUCAUCAGCUCCUUUAUUUCAACAAACUGUACGACCACCAAGCGGAAGUCGCCGAGAAACAUCGCACUUUCCGGCUUCUCACUCCCAUUCAGAGUGAAAUAUACACGACGGAUACCAGAAACAUUGAGCACGUGCUCAAAACCAACUUCGCCAACUACUCCAAAGGCCAGCACAAUCGGGAUAUAUUUAUGGAUCUUUUCGGCGAAGGAAUAUUCGCUGUGGACGGCGGUGCGUGGCGGCACCAGAGGAAGCUUGCGAGCUUUGAGUUCUCCACCAGGGUUCUCAGGGACUUCAGCUGCGCCGUCUUUAGAACCAACGCCGCCAAACUUGCCGGGAAAGUCAAGGAGUUUUCGGAUGCGGGUCGGGUUUUUGAUGUACAGGAUAUACUAAUGAAAUGCGCAUUGGAUUCCAUAUUCAAAGUUGGGUUCGGAGUGGAUUUGAAUUGCUUGGAGGGCUCAAGCCAAGAAGGAAAUGCAUUCAUCAAAGCCUUCGAUGAUUCCAAUGCUUUGGUCUACUGGCGCUACGUCGAUCCUCUCUGGACUCUCAAAAGAUUUCUCAACAUCGGCUCCGAAGCCUCCCUGAAGAAAAACAUCAAGGUCAUGGACGAUUUCGUGUACAACCUCAUACGGACCAAAAGAAAACAGCUCUCCAUCCAACAAUACACUAAUGACAAGGAAGACAUUCUUUCGAGAUUUCUGCUGGAGAGCCAGAAGGAUCCGGAGCAGAUGAAUGAUCGGUAUCUUAGGGAUAUUAUUCUAAAUUUCACUAUCGCUGGUAAAGAUUCGACUGCAAAUACUCUUUCAUGGUUUUUCUAUUUGCUUACCAAGCACCCUCUGGUGCAAGAAAAAGUUGUGCAAGAGAUAAGAGAAGUGAUGGACUGUGGAGAUGAUGAUAAAGCUCAUGGGUUUGAAGAUUUUGUAUCAAAAAUCACUGAUGGUGUGUUGGAGAAAAUGCAGUAUCUUCAUGCAGCAUUGACAGAGACAUUGAGGCUAUACCCUGCUGUCCCUAUAGAUGGGAGAUGUGCAGAUGCAGAUGACAUUCUUCCUGAUGGCCAUAAACUAAAACAAGGAGAUGGGGUAUACUACAUAUCCUAUGCCAUGGGCAGGAUGUCUUACAUUUGGGGAGAAGAUGCCAAGGAAUUUCGCCCCGAAAGAUGGCUCAACAAUGGAGUUUUCCAACCCGAAUCCCCAUUCAAAUUCGUAGCAUUCCAUGCUGGUCCUCGAAUUUGUUUGGGCAAGGACUUCGCUUACAGGCAAAUGAAGAUAGCAGCAAUGACACUUCUUCACUUUUUCCGCUUUAAAUUAGAGGAUGCUACAAGAAAUGUUACGUACAAGACCAUGUUCACACUCCACAUCAAUGGAGGCCUCCAUCUGCAGGCAAUUCCAAGGAGAAACUUCGUAUCUUCCAAGUAGAAUUUCACGCUUAUUUGAUUGUGGAUUAACCUAGUGUGUAAAACACUUGAAAUCUAUAUAUGUAUGGAUCUGUGUUUUUUA